AGUCGUUUGAUGCUAAGUCAUGGCUGACAAAGGCCAGUUCCACACGCCAAAUGCAACUUGCAUCCAAUUCUGAGGCCCAUUUUGAGUUAAUUCUUACUAGGUUCAACAACAGGUGUUGAUCAGGCGUCCGUCGUGGAAACCUAUCGUGACUCUCACUUGUAACUGCACAACCACUACCAGCUUUACUUGGAACUCUCCUGUUGUCGAACACGCUGCUUGUAGGGUUUAGCAUCGACGAGCUGCUUGUGCUUCUCCGACCUUUGAAUCAAGAACAUGGCAUCGUCUGAUGAGAAUGAAGCAGUCGGGAGUGGCUUUGCAAACGAAAAGCAGUUCGGUAUGGGUGAUCCGAGUAUUUUGAGCAGAAAACCAGCCGACAUGGUGCAGUAUAUGGUUGAGGAGGGGGUCUCACACAAGUCCCCUCAGACUUCAUCAAACCGCCACAUGAGCGUGCUUCGCAAAGGAGAAAUGCGAUCGAGGACGGACAGCAAGUAGCUGUGAUCGACUUAGCGAUGCUGGAGGACGAGCCAGGGAGAGAGCAGGUGCUUGCAGACACCAUUCGAGCUUCUGAGGAGUGGGGCUUCUUCCAGGUGAUUAAUCACGGCGUCCCUGAUACUCUGAUGGAUGCUGCCAUGGAAAUGUCGAAGAGGUUCUUUGCAUUAACCUCAGCGGAGAAAGAAGAGUUCAAAAUGAGGCAAGUGGCAGGUGUUGGCUAUGGCCGAUUCGUGGUCGAGCGUCCAGGAGUUGCCAAAGAUUGGGUUGAUCGUCUGCAACUGAAUAGCGUCAAUAAAGACGAGCUCGAAGUUUACGACCUUGUUCUGAACAACCCCCCUGGCUGCCAAGGACUGUUCGAAAAGUAUGGGAAUGCAGUCUACGAGCUAGCCAGAAGAAUCCUUGCCAUUCUCUCUGAGGGCAUGGAACAAAACUCGGAGUUUUUCUACAAAAAAACCGCAGCAGAUGGAUUCCUCCGGACGUCCAUCAACUACUAUCCACCGUGCCCACAACCCGACCUUGUCAUGGGCACUUCGUGCCACGAAGAUGCCUCCUCCAUAACCAUUCUCCAGCAAGACGACGUGUGUGGGCUAGAAGUACCAAAGGUCGGAAACUGGGUGUCGGUAUCACCCAUCCCUCACGCUUUCGUCGUCAAAAUCGGUGACAUACUCCAGGUCGUAAGCAACGACAAACUGAAGAGUGUGACACAUCGAGCUGUUGUUGCUGGUCAUACUGGCCGGAUCAGCAUUGCCAACUUUCUAAUGCCUCGGCGUGAUACAAAAGUACAACCUGCCACAGAACUUUGCAGCAAAACCCAGCCUUCGGUGUUUGGAUCCAUGGAGUAUGGUCGCUACUUGGUGGAGGUGGUUGCAACCAACCUUCUCCGAAACAAGGUCGACACACUCCGGAUCAAACAUCCUGUUUAUGACUCAUCCUCUUGAGCUUGAGUUCAUGGGGCAUUUUGACGUUCUGUGAAAAGGGUAAGCUCUGGAACAACAGUUUGCUUAUUGGGACCUAGUUUUGCUACGUAUAUCAGGCAUUGAAUGAAGGAGAAUGGACCUGAGAAUAAUGUUCCAACCCUUUUGCAAAUAAGGUGAGCAUGACAUGUGAAGAAUCCUUGAGAAUUGGGACUAUUUUAUUUUGAAUUUUUUCAGGAGAGGAGGAAGAGAUUCUUCCAUAAAAAUAUAUGAAGAACCUUCAUCUUCUUCUGGGAGGUGACUAUUUUCAAA